AUAUAAAUGGGUUUGAGAUAAUUGGAUUUUUUUAGAAAAUUAAAUACUGAUAUUGGGGACACAUCAUCAUCUCUAGGAGGAUUCUUGACCCUUAUAGCAUUUGCAGUAAUCUACUAACAUAUUUCUUGAUAGUUGGUGACUAUUUUAACAAUAAAUGAAUGCAGAUUGUUUUUUAGCACAGAAUUAAACUAUCAAACUGUGAUUGACAAUGACACAGAAUAAUUUAUUAAAGUUCAUUUGGAUAUGAUUGUUGGAGCUCCUUGUAUGGUGUUGUCAUUGGAUUAAUAGGAUGAAGUUGGAGUACACGUAAUGGAUGUUUCUGGUACAUUGAAAAAGAUUAGUCUUGAUAAAGAAAGACAUGUGUUGCCCUCAGUAAUUAAACAAUAAUAUUCAUAUUAAGAUUGAAAAUAGUGAAAGUCCUAAUUAUAGAGGGAGUGAGUAAGAAUUAUAAGAUGCAAUUGAAGGAAUAAAUGAAGGAGAGUAAUGCUAAUUGUAGGGAUACUUUUCAGUAAAUAAGGUUCCAGGUAAUUUCCAUGUUAGUUAUCAUGCUCAUCAUCAUUUAAUAUAGAGAAUACAUUAAAGAGAUUUAUAAACAUUUAGAAAAUUAAAAUUAGAUCAUUCUAUAUAUGAAUUAAGAUUCGGUGAUAUCUCAACAUCUUAAAAGAUGAGGAAAUACCCUAAAUCUUUAUCAAAAUUUUAAUCUUCCUGGAAAUCAAUUGCCAAAUCUGCUAAUGAAGGAGAGAAAUAAGAUUACGAAUAUUAUAUUAAUGCUUUGCCAGUAAGGUUUUAUGAUGAAAAUGAAAGAAAUUAUUAAACAGUUUAUAAAUACUCUAUUAAUGAAGCAUAAAUGACAAGAACAUUUACAGAAAUAGAUUCAAUAUACUUUAAAUAUCAAAUAAGCCCAGUCAAUAUGGUCUAUUCAAUAUAAAAGAAAUCAGUCUAUCAUUUUAUUGUUUAAUUAUUGGCAAUUGUAGGAGGAGUCUUUGCAGUUAUAGGAAUCCUCAAUUCAAUCGUAUAAAAAGCAUUUUGAGUUUAUUUUUCAUAAAUAUCCACAAACAAGUCAAUG